AUGUCCACUGCGCGCUUGUCAACGUUAUGGGCGCGGGAAUUCCGCAGCUCCCAGAGCCAAUACCUCCAGCGCCAGCUCAACCAGCGCGCAUAUCUCUCCUCCACGACCUCAACCUCUGUCCGUGUCAGCAGCAGUAGCCGCAAUGCUACCUCCUCUACAUCUGCUCUGCGCACUUCUCCCAUGCGCUCCUACUCCCAGGGCUCAGCUAUCUCCCGUCUCGCGAAGAGCGCCUUGUCCCCCGGCGCAUCAGCCGAAACGUAUAUCGCAUACGGCAUGACCCAGAAACUCUUCCAGGCAUGCUCGAGCCAAGCAGACUACGAAGUGCCGCAAGCUUCGCAGAAGGGCGUCCCCGUGCCGACUACCGAGUCCGGCGAGCAUCUCGGUGUUUCAGACAGCUGGUGGUAUAAAGAACUCGGCCUCGUCCCCACAUUCUCAACCUGGUCCCAAAUCACCUUCCUACACAUGUACCUCCUAACCGUCCGCCUCCGCGCCCUCCCCAACCGCGAAUCCUUCCAAACCUACUCCCGCCAUCUAAUCGACCACUUCUCCCACAACGCCGAGCACCGCAUGGACGACCUGCACGACAUCGGCUCCCGCUCCAUCCGCAACAAGUACCUCAAGGACCUCUUCAUCCAAUGGCGCGGUAUCAUCGCCGCCUACGACGAGGGCCUGAUCAAGGGUGACGCCGUGCUUGGCGCGGCGGUAUGGAGGAAUCUUUGGAAGGCGGAGGCUGCGGGGCCUGAUGGGAAGGAGUUGGAUUGGAGUAAGGUUGCUUGGGUGGUGGCUUAUAUGAGAAGGGUGACGGCGCAGUUGGCGAGGAUGGAUGAGGCGGAUAUUGUGAUGGAGUUGGGUGGGGCUGGUGAUCAGGAGUCGAAGAUUUUUGGAUUUUCGGCGCUCGAUAAGAAGGUUGUUGAGGGGUUGUAA